AUGAAUAGGGCCCCUUCUCAGCGUUUUCACCCCCACCAGUUGGACGCGCACCCUUCCUACUACCACCAGGACGCGUACUACAACCCCCAUCCUCACAACUACCACCCUUACUCAAAGCCUCGUCACUAUCGUGCACCCCCUCCUCACCGGCUGCUCUCUCCGCCCCCCAGCCGUGAACGUCGUCAUCCCGCGACCCUCCUGCCACCGAUCGAGACUGGCUUCUCCCACCACUCGUCUUCCUUGACCGACGCCCCUCCUCCUCUCACUCGUCGUUCUCGCGCAUCGAGCACGUCACACCACCACCGUCCUCGCGCAGCACCCUACCCCGAAUACUCUGCCCGACGCACUCUCUCGCCUCCUUACAGGCAUCACGACGCGUCUCGCUCCUCUCGUUACCCUCCCGAGCUCUCUCCUCCUGGUGCCUACUACGACCGCCAGUGCGACGACAUUCUCUUUCCUCUCACACCCCAAUCCGCCAAGUUUGAAUCUCCAGCCAUGGUUGCCCACGACUCUCGUGACCACGCCCUGGACCGUCUUCCCCACCUCCGCAUCUCGGAGCGUGACUAUGACAUCAAGCCCAAGGCCUCGGGCUAUGCCUCGUCCGAGGAUGACUACCCCUCGACCUACCGCGCCAUGUCGCCCGCUGAGCGCCGUUUCCUGCAGACUGUUGUCCCCGAGCAGCGUCGCACUGUGACCGCCUACCCUGUUACCGGAGGGUACAGCUGGCCCCCGACGGCCGAGGUCGCCACCACCGACGCCCAGCAGCAACAGCAGCAGCAGCAGGUCACUGAUGAGCAGAAGCGUGACCCCAACGCUAUGGCUCUCGACCCUGCGCUCUCGUCUGUCCGAUCAUCUGCUGACGGGACUGCUGCUGGCAACGGUGCCCAGGCUCCGCCGGAGCUCCGUCUCAUUCCUGAGACUCUUGGCUCUGCCGCUGCCGAGUCGCCUGCUGCCGACGUUGAGAUCAAGGAGGCCAUCGCGCAGGUUCCUGCUGCCCAGCAGACCCUCGCUCCCCCCGAGCCGCCCAAGAAGGAGACGCCGUUCUCGCGCUCUCCCGAGCUCCGUAUCUCGCACAAGCUUGCGGAGCGCAAGCGCCGCAAGGAGAUGCGCGAUCUCUUCGACGAGCUCCGCGAUGCUCUUCCCCAGGACCGCGGAAUGAAGGCAAGCAAGUGGGAGAUCCUCUCCAAAGCCAUCGACUACAUCCAGGCUCUGAAGAACCAGGUCAACGACAGCCACCGCCAGGUCGAGAUCCUGGCGCGCGAUCUGGCCGUCGCUCGCGGCGAGAACCCAGGUACGCACUGGGCCUCGUCGUACCACAACUUUGCCUCGAGCAUCCCGGCCUACGUUCCUCCCGCCGCUGCCGCCGCUCCUGCGCCUGCCCCCGUGUGCUAA